UGCAUGCUUUUUAAACAAAACAAUGGAAUUUACCUUUCCUGGAAGACAAAAAGGAUAUAAAUAAAAUGCCCACGUUAUGUCGCACUUGUGGCCAGGAGGCGGAGCAUGCCAAAGGACUCUUCGACAAGCAGGGGAGCGACAUCCUGGGGAACAUCUUCAAGUUGACAGGGAUUCGGUUAACUGACCACCCCGGAGUGCCCACAAAGAUCUGUUUGUCCUGUCUGCUGGACUUGAAUGAUGCCAUCACCUUCCGAGAAAGGUGCAUCAAAACCAAUGUCUCUUGGUUCGAAGAUGAGGAUCAACCACAGGAGGAAAUUUACAUUUCCGAUGAGGAGGAUAUUAGCCAUCAGGAAAAAAGUGUGGAAAUUCUACCUAAGAAAACGGUGCCCAUAAAGAUAGUGCCCAUUAAAACUGUGCCCAACAAUGUGGUGUCUAUAAGUAUAUUCCCUAUCAAUAAUGUUACUGUUGGACAGACACAAAAGGUCAUUAAGCAAGCAACGAUUCCACGUCAAGGCGACAAGAAGCUGGAUAAGAUUCCGAAAAACCUUUCUUCUGAUCUUGUGGUUCCCCUGAGUCGUGAGGACCCUCUACAAGUAAUGAAUGAACUCCUGAUUUCAGACAAGGAUCCUGAGGAAUCCAUUAUUCAAGAAAACCUAGUGGUGGAAAACAUAAACCCAAAAACAAAAACAAGAAAAUCUAAAAUCCAACCAGUUAUAGAAAAACGUCCACCUUCAAAGAGAAAAAAACCUGAGACAAGUGAGGCACAGUCCAAAAACUUCACGGAGAAGAAACCUAGCCAGGAAUCCGAUAGGAAAGAACGUUCGGCAAGGCACAUGAACGUAAAGAUGAAAGAGCUUCUUCUGGCGGAGGAUAGUGACGAAGCUCCUCCGGUCACAACGAAAAAGACGCAAGCAGACAAAUGUGCUACGCGAAAUAAAGGGAAUGCAGUGGAUAAAAAGCUCCACUUUUGUGAUCAAUGUGGAAAAUCCUUCGCAGAAAAAUCCAACUUUAAUGUACAUAUGAAACGUCACACUGGCACAAGGGAGUUCCAGUGCCAGGAGUGCGACCGCAAAGAAUUCACCCAACACCUGCUCAAUUUGCAUGUGCGGAUCAGGCAUCGCGGUGAACUGCCCUAUGUGUGCAAGUACUGUGGCCAGCGAUUCAAUAAUUGCCUCAAGCGACUGACUCACGAGCGGAACCACAAGGAGAGCCCCGUCCACCGACCGCACGUGUGCCCCAUCUGCAAGAAGGCCUUCAAGAAUUCCCAGACCCUCAAGAACCACAGCGUGGUGCACACGGGCGAACAGCCAUUCCACUGCGAACUUUGCCAGACGUCUUUCAAUCGGAGGAACGCCCUGGCCACCCACAAAAAAUCCAAGCAUCAUAGAUUGAAACUUGAGCAACAGGCGGAAAAACUUAAUAGCUGAGGAUUCUUCUUUAAAUUUUGUUUUGCU